UGGGCUGAAGCGCCCAGGCUAGGCAACAGCUUCGUCUGAUUAUGGUAAAUUGAGUGAAUCACAUACAAGCCCGCGAGCGCUUGAGGCGCCAUACUUCGUGCCGACGGUUUGUUUUACGAGGACCUGAUGUCGCCUAGGAAGGAGAGAGGCUUGCUGUUCCAAGUUUCCAAGCUUCCUUCCAACUCGCCUUUCUGAAGCUGGUUCCAGGCAAGCGCGCACCUGCGGACGUCACUCUUUUCGUUGCUUUCCCCGCAAUGCAUGCAGCAGUUUACAGGUUCCGCAGACCUGCCCCACCAUACUUCAGUACGUACAUCACGGUUGGCCGUGUUCUAGCUAACACCUACCUUUAAAAUGCACGAGUAAAAUGCACGAGGAUCUGAUCUUGUAAAUUUCUUUUCUUUUCCAUUUCACCACCAUUACCUUAUCUCGGAACCUCUGCAAUUUCAAGCCCCGGCUGAAGCUUGGUAGAGAUCAAAAUGGAACGAGUUCACCAAGUCAACCCGUUCGCCAAGCGCGACUCCCACAGCAAGAACUCGGUGAUCGUGUACAAGGUCCUCACGAUUCUGACCUGGCUUCUUUCGGUCAUCAUCAGCUUCUACUAUUCGGUCAACCGCCCUAGCGAUGGCCACUGGAUCAAGAACACCAUUUGGGGCCAGAACGACCUGUACUUGACGGCCUUCCGACUCAAUAAGAUCAUCGCCAGCAUCUACUGGAUUGUCCUCUUCGUUCUACAAGUCGGCUACGUUGCCCACCUGUUCUCCGGAAAUGUCGAGAGGCUUAACGCGGCGUGCGCCGUUGGUAGCCAUUUCAUUCUCAACAACCUCUUCCACUUCGCAUUUGUGAUGCUCUUUGUGCGAGGUGCAUUCGGUUGGGCGGAGUUAAUCGUCAUCCUGAACUUUAUCAACCUGACUUCUCUCUACUUCCGCCACCCCAGCUCCGACCGCUUCAUCCACGAAGCUGUCGUCUCUGGACCGCUCGCCUGGACAUUCAUUGCUAUCUACUGGAACGGAGCUAUCAUGGUCCCCCACCCCGCGAGCUUGGUUUCUCGCAUUUUUGGCAACAUCUUCAUAUGGUCCAUCCUGGUCUAUGGACUGUUCUUCAUCGUGACCUACAAGGAUUAUACCAUGGGCUUUAACUUGAGCGUUCUUGCUGCAGCCAUUGGUGUUUCGCAAUUCUUCCGACAGAUCAUUGCCUUCCAGUGGAUCUUUGCCUUUACUAUAAUGGCAGUCCUGUUUGUUGCCACUAUUGCCGUUGCGAUCCCGGCAGCUACCGGCAAAGACUUCAGUUUCCGAAGAGAGAGACAACCUGACAGCGAGCGCGCACCUCUUCUCUCAGACAACUAAAAACAUUGGACGCUGAUCGAGGUCGCUGCGAUCCUGGUGGAUCGAAACUCUCCAUCAUACUGCGAAACUUGUGAAGGGUGUAGAAGUAAAGAUGUUGACAGUCCUAUUUUGUUAACAAACCAUCAAACUGUCAUUCAGGCCUACGGGGUUAUCAGUAGCGGCGUUUGAUGGGUUGGCAAAAGUCGGCUGUUUUGGACUUCAUUCAUGAGCUUUCUUGGGCAGUGGCGACCAGGCUGGCGUCCCUGGUUGAGGGUGGUGAGCUAAUGCAUAAGCGUAAGUUGUUUAAUCAAGACUGUGGUGGUAAUCACAGAAUAACAUCGAGGCGUCUGGAAAUCAUGAAAAAGGCAUUGCAACAGGGUUGAAGUAAAAGCACGGAAGAAUUAUUACGUGCGCCGAUAAAGAUGCGAUAGUGCGUCUCAUCAAUUGACAUCUCAUUUCAAACAACUGACA